AUGGUGUUUGCGAUGGCUUUUGUCAGCUGCAACGCCCUCCUGGAUCUGUCUGGUGUCCACCAGGUCAUGGGCACGUGGAUGGGAUCCACCACUUUACCAUGUACCUACACGCCCUCAGAAGGUUUCACACAGCAAAUGCUCACCUGGAGCAUGGAGCGAGACUAUAGCACCUCUACCAUCUUUCGGAGGGACGAUUCUGGUGACCACAUCUUGUUGUCUCGAUUCCGAGACCGGGUCAGCAUCCCAAAGCACAGCCCAGGGAACGCCUCACUCCUAAUCGAGAACCUUGAAAUCCCUGACAGCGGACACUACACCUGUCGAGUCGUCUGGAGGUCUAAAAAUAACAGCUUGAUAACAAAGGAGGUGACCACUACAGUUAAAGUUGUCAAAGGAGCCCGGACCAGCCUGCCCUGUGAGGCCAGCGGGUCCCCCCCCAUCAGCUACCGCUGGUUCAGGAGCGUCCCGGGAGGGAAAGCCCUGCUCCUGAGCAGCCAGGCUGAGCUGGCGUGGGACAGCCUGCAGCCCUCCGACAGCGGGAAGUACUACUGCGAGGCAGAAAACAGGGCUGGGGCCAGGGCUGUGCAGCAGAGCAACGCCGUCGAGCUGACCGUGGCAGAGUCCCCUGAGACCCGCAGGUACAGCAGACCCCCGCUAAGCCCCCGAGGCGAUGCUCCCCGGCGAGUGCCCACAGACCUGCCUGCAGCAACGCUGGUCUCCGGGAGGGAUACGGUUUCAGAGGGGCCUCCCAUUGCCACAG